AUGGCGGGUUUGUUAAGAGCAAAGGCAGUGCUAUUAGUAGUACUAGUGGUUAUGGCCGCAACAAUAGCAAACGGGGCUAAAGAUCUCAAGGAAAAGAAUGCACCAGCAGCUGCACCAAUUGGCACUAGAAUAAAAGAUGAUGUCGUAGGAGCUGGAACCAAGAUAAAAGAUGGGGCCAAAGCAGCUGGAGGCAAGGUCAAAGAUGGGGCAGACAAGGUCACAGAUGGGGCCAAGAAAGGGGCAAAGAAGGUCAAAGAUGAAACCAAAAAAGCUGGAGGCAAGAUCAAAGAUGGGGCCAAAGCAGCCGGUGGCAAAUUAGGAAUGAGCAAAGGAAGCGCACCUGCACCAUCUACAGUGGCCAAAGGAGUCAAAGUAGACGGCAAAACCAACUAA